AUGUUUCGGGAUUUACAUCCGCCAAGCUUUAAAGGUGACCCGAAAGUGGACCCAAGCGUGGGAGAAUAUUGGAUGGAGCAAAUUGAAAAACUGCUGGAACACUUAGAGUGCCCUGAAGAGCACUGGGUAAGAUGUGCCACAUUUAUGUUAGAGGAAGAAGCGGCUAUUUGGUGGAAGUCUAUGUCAGGAGUCUUAAGGACGCGAAAUACCAUCCAAGAAAACGGGGAGGUGCGGGUGACACCUAUUACUUGGGAGCAGUUUAAGACUGCAUUUAAUGAUAAGUACUUUCCUGAGUAUUGGAGAAAGGUGAAGAAGCAAGAGUUCUUGAAGCUGACCCAGUUAGAUGAUAUGUCCGUGGUGCAGUACGAGGCCAAGUUUUCCAAGCUGAUAAAGACCAAAACCAAGGGAGCAGGUUGCUUUGUUUGUGGAGAAACUGGACAUUUCGCAAGAGAUUGCCCUUCGAGAAAAACGUUGAAGAUUGAGGAAGCGGCCAAAAAGGAGGUGACAUGUUAUGCUUGCAAACAGUGGGGACAUUAUGCAUGGAACUACCCCCAGCGAGGCAAGUCGGACCAAGGAAAGAAGCCAGCAGGAAAAUCAGGCCCACAACCAGCUCGAGUGUUUCACUUGACAAAAACGGAGGCGAAUGCUAACCCGAGCGUGGUGGAAGGUACGCUCUUCAUCCGCACUACUCUUGUACAUGCAUUGGUGGACCCUAGUGCCACUCAUUCAUUCAUAGCAAAUGAGUCUGCUAGGAGUUUAGGUCUUGAACCCUCAAUAAUGGGGUAUGGAGUUAGGAUUCAAUCUCCAAUUGGGGAGGCUAUGGAGACUAAUUUAAUAGUCCGAGAUUGUGAUGUGGAUAUUGAAGACGAGAAAUUUAAGAUAGAUCUGAUACUUAUGGAGAUGCAUGACUUCGAUGUCAUCCUAGGUAUGGAUUUUCUUUCUCGAUAUUGUGCUAGUAUGGACUGUUUGGAAAGGACAGUGGAAUUGGGAUGUCCGAGGGGAAAGGUGGUGAAGUUUAAGAGACCACGGUUUAGUAGGCAAUUAAAAUUUGUAUCGGCCUUGAAAGCGUGA